CCCCCACGAACUGCACGCCCACCUUUGUUCAGGCGUAUCGCUGCGGCCCCCCCUACCCUACCUGUACCGGUACCAAGCUUGACGCCACUUCCCAAAGUACCUAAUGACUGUCAUGCCCGAAAAGUAUCCGCUCGUCGUAGCGCAGUAUGUUAUCAAUGGCCACUUUCGCCGGACGGAACAUUGGGCCAUCGUCGUCCUCAAGUCGCGUCUUCAUGCCCAACUAUUCGAGCUGAAAGGCAACUCCGACUCUUUUUGUUUCGCAACGAGCCAUCACACCGCCUUCGAGCGGGCUCGCGAUCUUCGCGGUGGUGCGCACGUCGGCUGGAUUUCGAGCUGGGACGACCUUAGCUGGUUGACGGAGAGGCUGAAGAGCGUGCCGGUGGUCAAGGGUGACCGGAUGUGGGACUGUCAAAAUUGGACGGUGGAGGCGUUGAGGUUGUUGAAGAAGGACGGUGUCGUAUUCCAACACGUCAAGGAGGAUUGGCUGAGAAUGGAACUGAGAAUGGAUUUGGAGAGGUCGGAGACGGGGAUGGACGCAACGGUCGAGGAGAGACUUUUCCCUUGACGGGAUAGAGUUCCGUAUCUGAUGGACGAUUUGUCGAUCGUCCGCAUCGCUCAAGGUUUGCAGCGCUUACUAUCGUCUCCUGCCUGAUUUGGAGCUCCCUUCCAGCAGGUUCCGUCGCUUUCCGAUGUGAGUUGUCUACUCGCCAUGGUAUUUGUACGCGCGGGGCGAAAGCCGUGAGGUUUCACGGCUAUGCACUGGACUCUGGCUUGUACAUAUUUACUCGAAACCUUCGGACAUCUGUUAUGGACGGUCUAUAUAUUAUUCGAUCACAUGGUGGCGUCUCUAUGUUUCUGUUCGCUUGGCUUUGCACAAAUCUACUCCGCGUCGUGUGCUUCCUUCAUGCUUUUGAUCGUGUUGUUUACAUG